AUGGCUAUAUUGUUUAAGAACCUCGAUCGACUAUUCGCCGCCAUGAACACACAGAAGACUAAGGACCUUAAAUCGACCAUUUGGUACGAUUUGUACUUCAGGUUCUUCUUGGCGCGCAUGAGUGGCUGGGAAUUUCUGCUGGUAGCACUUCCAUUAUUCCUGAUCUCUUUUUUUGUUGAGGUCUUCGUCUGUUACCCAGGGAAUAUCAACAUACCCAAAGCUGUAAUUGCAAUUAUUGUGCUUUGCGAGUCCCUGGAGUUCAUUCUUCAACUUGUACUUUGUUGGACCCGUCUCCGCAAAUGCCCAGCUUUCUACCGAAAAUGGGGCAUCCGCAUCAAAACACUCUCCGGAAUCGUUGUGGUUGCCUUCAAGGCUGCAGAAAUCUACAGUAUUUGCAAACUUGUUCCAAACUCGGAACCAAGUAGUGCACUUGAUCGUUGGGGUAUGUUUGGGCCAAGACUUCAGAAAGCGAUGAAAUCGUUGCUUGUCAUCAUAUUCUUGAAUUCAGCCGAUCGCGAAUUGGAUUUUGGAGGGAACGAAAACGAGAUAUUCUCCGGAUACAAUGCAAGAGUAUUUGGUCCUCUCAUUAAUCAGGAAGAGAGAAAUCAUGUCUUGAAGCUGGUUACAAGGAUGCGCGGGCACAAUUGA